AUGGCGGCCCGGAACAAGCGGGACAAGACAGAAAGCAUGCUCACCGGUUGGGCUACCAUCCAGAUCAACAACUCUCUUGUCUGGCAGAGGAGCGCAGUCCCGGGAUAUGAACACAAGUCCUUGCAACUCCGUGGAAAGCUCAACGGACUCAAAGAGUGGAACGAUGGUAACAAAGAACUCAAAGCUAUAUCCAAUUCUGUUGUUAUUGAAUUCAAGGACCAACGUGGGUCGUGUGCGAUGUUUUGUGAUACGGAGGAAGAAAAGGAUAAAUUGUUGGGUGUUUUGCAUUAUACCGCUGAACUGUGA